CGCAGAGGCUCGCUCGAGGAGCUCGAGGACGGCGUCGGCGUGACGCUCUCGCUGAAGCACGUCGAGGGCCGCGGCGGCGACUCGGGGGUGGUGAGUGAUGUGUGAUGUGCAGCGGUGCAGCAGAUGCUGGAUGGGCGGUGUAUGGUGCAGUCAGUGCUUGGUGUGCAGCAGUGCAGCAUCUGCUGCGUGCGGCCUGGUGCAGCAGCUGUGUCGCCUCUACGCCGUCCCUCUGCGCCGAGCCGCCAGCUGACUCCCGUGUCCAGGUGCUGCAGCGCCACCUGAACAGCGCCGUGAAGAAGGUGGCCCGCAUCACGGCCCGCGAUGCGCCGUCGGACGAGGCGAUGCACGCGGCCAUGGAGCAGCGUCGUCGUGCCGCUGCUCUGGGCCGCCGCUCGCUGCCGAUCGCCGGCACGUCCGAGGACGAGCAUCCCAUGCCGCGCUCGCCGUCGCCGUCGCGCCGCGCGCACCACAAGCGCAGCCCGCAGCCGGCCACGUUUGCGGCGGGCCGCCACGGGCGCAUCGGCGUCGUCAUACCGCAGAAGGAGCAGGGCACGCCGGAGCGCCGCCUGCUCGGCGCGCUCGGCGGCCUGCUCAACGACGAGCACCCGGACCUGGCCUCGGCCACGCUCAUCGGGCCGCCCGUCGCGGCGCAGACGGGCACGUCGGCCCACUCGUACGCGACGAAGAAGAAGUCGAACAAGGCCGCGGCCACGCCCGACGGAAGCGGCGGCUUCCCGAAGUCGGCGUGGGCGGCGGCCAACUCGGGCGGCGUGCAGAAGGCCAAGGCGCCGACGGCCAAGGACUCGCUCGGUCUGGACAUUGAGGCAAACGACGUUGGCUACGUCGCCACAGUCCAGAUCGGCAGUGCCAGCACGCCGUUCCGCCUGCUCAUCGACUCGGGCAGCGCCGACACGUGGGUGCCGAGCACGGCGUGCGACAACUGCUCGGACCAGCACCAGCGCCUGGGCAAGAAGAUCUCGUCGUCGUUCCGCGGCAGCCAGAAGCCGUUCAGCAUCACGUACGGCACGGGCAGCGUCUCGGGCAUCCUGGCGCAGGACCGCCUGAUGAUUGCCGGCCUCAAGCUGUCGAACCACACCAUCGGCCUGGCGCACAAGGAGUCGUCGGACUUCAGCGACCCGAGCGUGCCGUUCGACGGCCUCAUGGGCCUGGCGCAGCAGAAGCUGGCCAACUCGCGCAGCCCGACGCCCAUCGACGCGCUGUACGCCGCGCGCCUCGUCUCGGCGCCCGUGAUGGGCUACCACCUCGCGCGCGCCGCGGAUAGCAACAACGACGGCGAGGUGACGUUUGGCGGCGUCGACGCGAGCAAGUUCAAGGGCCAGCUCGUCGAGGUGCCCAACGUCUCGACGCAGGGCUUCUGGGAGAUCAAGCUUGACGGCGUCAAGUUUGGCGGCAAGACGAUUGCCAGCCUGAGCAAGGGCCGCACGGCCAUCCUCGACACGGGCACCACGCUCAUCGUGGCGCCGCAGGCCGACGCCGACGCCGUGCACCGCGCGAUCCCCGGCGCCAAGUCCGACGGCCAGGGCGGCUACACGAUCCCCUGCACCACGACGGGCGCCGUGACGUUCAGCUUCGGCGGGCGCGAGUGGCCCAUGACGCCCAACGACAUGAAGUUCCUGCCCGUCGACUCGCAGAACCUCAAGGGCGACUGCAUCAGCUCCAUCAGCGCCGGCGACGUCGGCCAAGCAAACGAGUGGCUAGUCGGCGCCGCGUUCCUGCGCAACAUCUACCUGGCCACCAACACGAAGAGCAACUCGGUCGGCCUCGGUGCGCUGGCAUGAGCGCCGCGGCUGAGCCCGGGCGAUCGCGUCGAGGAGUUGGCAUCUCCCCGACGCUGCGGACCUCCC